AGAGGUGAGGUACAUCUCCAGAGGGUUCAGAAAAUUACAAAGACUGGAAGAGAAUCAAAGCAUUGUAAGAACCAUACCGGUUCAGGGCCAACAAACAGGUAUACUUCCCUUUAUCUAGCACAUGACACAGCACUGAACAUGUGGACUUUGUUACUUGUAUUUGCUACUGGAUCACCAGCUCUACUUCAGGCAGCACCUGUUCAGGGUUCCAGUGGCAGAUGCAGCGUUGCCGGUGUUUUCCUUGUUGAGGGAACCAGCCGUUACUCUCUUACUUUCCAACAAGCUUUGGAAUUGUGUCAGAGUUUUGAUUACAAGCUCGCAACACAGGAACAGGUCAAUGACGCUUAUAAAAAAGGCUUGAGAACAUGCAGAUUUGGCUGGAUAGAUGGACAAAAUGUCAUGUUCCUCCCACACGUUAAUGGUCCAAACUGUGACUACAGUUCCACCGAGAUCACCUUCCAUCCUGAAGCAGCAGGAUAUCUUUCUGAUGUCUACUGCUUUAACCCAUCAGAUGCAUCACUAAACUGUGAAGAUAAUGGUAAAUCUAACUCUGAAGACUUAACCAAUGGAAACACAGCCACAGCAAGUAAGUUCCCUCGUUAUAUAAUACAGUAUGUUAAGUCAUCAAGUCUCAUUACAAAUGUAUCUUCUGCAGGCACACAGAGUGGCCAAGAAAAGAAAGAUGGACCAUCUACUUUGCUGAUAAUCUUUGCAUUCUGUGUUGUUGUUGGAGUCAUAGUAUGCAUACUUGUUGCUAUUGCUACUAGAGACAAGUGGUACGGACCGAGACAGAGCAGAAACAUCACAACUGAAGUGCACAACAAAGACUACAGUAAAUCAGAAACACUGCCUCUGUCAGAGAAAGAACAGGAGAUAGUGGCACUGAUGAGUGUUGCGACGCUGAAGAAUGGUAAAAUGGAGGACAUUGCUGCCUGUCUGGAUGAGCAUGAGAAAGAGUAUUUAAUGUAAUGCUUUAAAUCCUGUGUAUUAACAGGUUCAAACUCUUUUGUACUUUUUAUU